AUGGAUACUCUUCUAAUUAUAGCGCUUUGUCUUGGAUCGUGUUUGACUGCUCCAAGCCUUGGCCCCAAAUAUGAUCUUGAUCUGGGUAAGGGAAAUCCCGAGCAGGUCCUCGAUUUCUCACUUCUCGGCAAACCAAAGCUAACCGAUGAGGCAAAGAAGAGAUUUUCUCCGUGCGGAAAAGACGAUGAGAAAUGGAUCUACAAGAAAGAGUUUAACGCUUGUUAUAAGGAAAUUCAUGAUGUGAGUUUCAAUGAAGCGAAGGAAAUCUGCCUAAAAUUCGACAGUCAACUCAUCUCGAUUCAUUCAGCAGAAGAGAAUCAAUUUAUCUAUGAUCUGAUCCACACGAAUGAAACAAAAUGGUACAGUGAUCAUCAAUCACUAUUGCUUGGCGGUUUGAAGCUCAACGAAACGUUCACUUGGAUCGACGGAACUCCAUUCAAUUUCCAAACAUGGGCUCAAGGAGAACCGAAUAACUACAAACUUGGCUAUGAUAACGAGAAUUGCUUAGCUAUGUUCACAUUCUCGAUGGACUAUGCCUAUCAUUUAUAUCCACCAGAGCCUUAUUUAGCUCGCUGGAACGACAAUAUCUGCUCAAAAACCUAUACGCAUUCAAUGUGCAAGAAAAUGGCGUUGUUU